AUGAGCUCGCCCGAGUUAUCUGGGCAUCGCAUAUCCUCUAUCGACCAAUACGCGAAUGACGAUGAUGAUGAAGAACUAGGUGAUGACUCGGAUCUUGAACAAAUAAGUGCCAAUAACCAGCUCUUGACGACAGGCAACGAAAUCAUUCGUAAGAAGUUUCUCAACUGCAUUUGUGAUCUACUUUCCCAUACCAAAGGUCCAAAAUUCGUCACAGCUGCUACGCUUAGGGAGAACGAGGAUUCGAUCGAAAUUGAUCUUGCUCGGAACGAUGGAUUUGAUGCAAACGAUGAUGAGUACCUGUCUUCACUGGCUAGGUUCCUCGCUAUUGAAGAUGAAGAGAUCUCUCGUCAAGAGGUCGUGGACCACUGCCAUUGGUUCCUAGAUAGAACCACCGACUACAACUUAAACAGGGUUGACUUCUGGGUUGAGAAGACGGUCGGAAUAUUAAAAGGAUCGCCAUACCGAUCUAUUCCACCUUCAUCGAAUGCAGACUAUGUUCACGGAACUUGUCUGCUUGGCUGUUGUUCUGAGGUGCCAAUAACAAGAACUACCACCACUCAACUUCUUCUCAGCAUUUUCAAUUAUGGAUCUUGGAAAUUAGGAGCACCGACAAAAGCACAACAAGAAGACGAAAGACAUGAAUUCGUGAUGCGUGCAGGAGACGCUAUGCGCUCCCCGGAGGACACAAAGGCCGACCUCAAAGCUAUGGUCCCUUCAGCGAAUCAUCUCAGAAUUAUGAAUAUGUGGCGGCUUUUAGCAAGACCAGCUACUAAUCUUCAGAUUAUUUCUCAGGUUGCUAAAUUGUUGCCACAAUUUCGGUCAGUUACAUUCAUUAGACUCUCAAAACCCGCCCCGUUGAAGCUUCAGAAGCACCAGACUCCAAAGAUAUCGACGGCGUCAAAAAUCUGGGACUCCCUUCUAUCUCAGCCAAAGGAUCUUAUCCUGCAUCAAAUAAAAGAUUUCUAA